CACUCUCUCUCUCCAUCCUCAAUGAAGAAGUUGACCAGCUCCACUUCAAUGUGUUUGAUCCCAAGCUUCUCUUAUAAUCCAAGCUUGUCUGUCUGGCUACAACUAGGGACGGUAUCGGUAUCUCUCCUUCAAAGCAAUGAAAAACAUCUUGGGAAAAAAAUUCCAAAAACCACCGAGGAAGAAACCUGAGGAAACGGAGGCCCAACACCGACAGGACUACGACACAUUUUUUUUCCUAUCCCUUGAGUAAGCUCCAAGCCUUUUUGCUGUUUUUUUUUUUUUUCUGGCUUCAAAUUUUCCUCCGGGAAAGCAAGCACAGACAGACACCCAUGGAGAAACGCCAAUAUGGGUUCGCGCUAAUUUUGUCAAUCGUCGUCUCCCUUGGCGUUGUCUCCUUCCUGUCGUGCAUUGCUGCUGAGCUAAAGAGAACAAAGAAGGAGGAUCUCAAGUUGGAUGGGAAACUUUGUUAUUUGCCAGGAAGUCAUGCAUUUGGGUUUGGAAUUGCGGCAUUGGUCUGUUUGGCUGUCGCUCAGAUCAUCGGAAAUCUGAUCAUUUGCUGGAAUUCUUAUUCAGGAGAGAACAGAAACGACAGCAAGACGAGGAGGCCGAGGAUUGCUGCAAUCCUCCUGCUAAUUUCAUGGUUGAGCUUUGGAAUUGCAGCUAUAUUAAUGGGUGUAGCCAUGAGUAUGAGUAGAAGGCAGCCGUAUGGGAAAGGAUGGUUAGACGGCGAGUGCUACCUGGUCAAAGACGGGACGUACAUUGGUUCAGCAAUACUAGUUCUGGUCACAAUAGGCUCGACGCUGGGCUCAGCCAUUCUAACAAAAAGAAUUAACCAGGCUGAUAAGGGCAAAAGGGUACACGCACAAGUAGCAUGACAAGACACAGAAUGGAAUUACAUGAAAAGCUUUAAGAAAACAGAGGCUGAUCUCCGAGGAAAGAGAGGUUGAUUGGGAGAAGCAGCGAAGAACGUUAACGUAGGGCAACAAUUUUCUCUUUUUCAUUUGCUAGUGGGGAACAAGGGCUCAAUAAAACCAAAGACCCACUGCCGAAGAGCCUUUUGGCUUCCCUAUCCAUUG